CUACUAGAAUAGAGCUGCGUACCAUUCAACGACGACCUUUGUCGAUAACCAAUCAUGCUGACUUGCCACGUAUACACCAAAAUGGAUGGGUGCCCUAGGUGUUCGAUCUGUUCGCUUCAGCUUAUUCAGCCGGCUUAUCAGUCACCAAACAACUAAAUAGUAUUUUCCUCUCACAAUAAAUCAGCCGUUUCAGCUUUUCAGCCAGCUUAUAAGACCAGGGUAUGUUAACCCGCCGGGUCCGACCCGUUAAGAAUUUCUAUAAAUCCACAUUCUAUCCGCUGAGCUGCAUCCGCAGGUUGCUGGUUGUUGUUCUUCCUUCUUCCUCUGCCCCUGAUCGUCUGUGCUGUUCUUCCUUCUUUCUCUGCCCCUGGACGUCUGUGCUGUUCAUAUUUCUCUGCGACUAUACCAUACCGCAGGGAGCUUCCUUCAAUCCACCCACACCUUUCUACCUCAACAACUAACAUCGAUUCCCGCCGCACCACGCCACAAGUUUCAGGAUGGUCCUCUCCGAGAUCACCAUGUUUGUGCUCUGCCUUGCCGUCGCCGGCCUCCACGUUCUAAACCCGCUUCUUGAAUCCCUGCAGCGCGCGGUCUCCCCGCACAGCCCCGUCCUCGUCUGCAUCGCCGGCCUCUUCAUGCCACUUGCCCUCGCCACCGCAUACAACAUGGGCGUCAUCCUUGUUUACCUACAAGUCGCCCCGGCGCCGGCGGCGCUCAUGUCGCCGGCGGCCGUGAGGCGGUUCGCCGCCCUGGCCCGCGCCAUUGCAUCUGCCAUUCUGCCCUGCUUCUCCUCAUCGUCGUCCUGGCUCUCGGCGCCGGGGAUCGUCGUCCUGGCUCUCGGCGCCGGGGCGUUGGGCGGGCCGGACGCGCUCCGGCUCCUGAUCACACUCGCCGGGCGCAACCCCGUCGUCGACAUCGGCAUCUGCGUCUUCGUCAUCGGCAUGUUCGCCGCCCAGCUUCUCGGCAUCCUGCUGCUGGCGCGAUACGUCCGCAAGCCGUCGCCGCCCGCAGGAGGAGCCGGCGCGGGGCGUGGCGCACCGGGCGCCGCGCCGGCCGCGGAUCCCCUCGCCUGCAUCACCCUGCUGCUGUCCCUCGCCGCGGCGUCCCUCGUCACCGCGAGCCUCGUCGUCGGCCCCGGCGGCCCGGGCUCGGUCCGCCCACUCGUCGACCUCGCCGCCAAGUACUGCUACCCCAUCGCCAUCGCCGCCGGUGCCGCCCUCCUCUACGCCACGCCUCUGCUCCGCGUCUUCCGGGAGCCGCGGAAUGCUCGCGGCCGCGCCGCUCCUGCGGAACGCGCCGCGACGACGCGCCACGCGGCGCGCUGCAUCGGCCUGCCCCUGGUCGUCGCCGCCGUCUGCGUCCUCCUCGUCGCCAUCCGUUUCGGUGCGGACGGUGACCUCGACGCGCUCCGCAUCUGUCCCGGCCACACCAACACGCCCGUCGCCGUCGCGGUCGGCGCCACGCUUCUAGUUCUCGUCCGCUUCUACCGCAGGGCGCGUAAUGCGGCCCCUGCCGUCGGCGGCGACGCUGCCCCUGCGCCCUCAGCACGCUGACGUCCGUGGUCGUCGCCGUCUUCACCCUCGCCUGCCUCCUCGUCGACGUCGUCAUCCCGAAUAUACCCCGCCCGGGCGCGAGGCGGAUGGGGUCAUGGGGAGACUCGCCGUGCAUGCGCCGACGCGGAUCUGGUUGGUAUCAUAUACUACUAGCUGUUCUACUUUUAGUAUUCCAGAAUCCAGAGCUCGUGUAAAAUUGUACCGUGAGCCGAGUACUGUACUAGUUGUACAUACUUUUACAGCAAGAAUCUGGAAUCUCGAUGGGGAAGUUAUUCUGAUGUUUGGAUCCAAUCCAACUAGCAAGGUGGCCUGUGCAAAUUGCACGGGUAGCUAGUGUUUUUUCAAUCUUCUAUUUUUUAUACAUUAAAAAAUUGGAUGCAAAUAGUUUUGUUUGGUGAUGUCAAUAUAAUUGUCGUCUUAAUUGCCAAAUCAAUGUAUCAUCUAUGGUCCUUCUCUCAAAAGUUAUAUUAUGUGGUGUAAGUAUAGAAACAUAUUUUUAUAUAUUUAUAGAAAGAAUACUAUAUAUAUUUAAUGUGAAUAUAAUUUUUUUUAAAAAAAUUGACUGGCAACUUAUAUUUUUGCUUGAGAGUUUUAGAUGCAUGAUAAAUUAUCCUUAGAUUUUUAGAAGAAGAUCUAGGUGAGUGGUUCAAUGUAUAUCAGCAGAAGUAAUAGUAUUCUUUAUUUCUCAA